AUGGAUCACUUAUCAUAAAGACAAUUACUAUAAUUAUUGUAUGAAAAGGAUUGUUAUAUUUAAGCACUUGAAUAAUAAUUAGAAUUUAGUAGAUAAGAAGUUUUAUUGUUAAAAAGCUAAAAAUAAUCAAUCAUUAUUCAAAAUCUCUCCUCUGAUGAAGAUUGUAAUCUAGAUGAGAAUUCAGAACCAGCUAUUAGUGAUAGUAGAGUAGAAUAGUUUUAGAGUUCAGGCAAAAAAAUUAAGUUGAAAGCUCCUCUAUAAGAAAGCAAUAAUUUUAAUGUCUCAUAAUUUAGACAAUCUACCUAAUACUUAAAAUAAAAAGUAUUAGAUUCAUUUGAUGUCCAAAAUGUUACAGCUGAUAAUUUAAAGGUUUUAAAAAACAACGAUUAAUUAUUUGAUGAUCUAUUCAUUUUAGGAUUAGGAUCAGAAUAAUCUAACGAACAACAAGUGAUUUAUUCAUUCAAUUAAAAUAGUAUUUAUAUAUAAUAAAUACUAGAAAAUCAUUAACAUAUAUUGUAAAUUUCCAAAUUCAUAUUUCCAGAUGGAUGCAAACCUAAAAUAAUACCUUUGUCUUUUAGUCUGGAAGACAUCAAUUUAAUGAUUAAUUAAAAUUAUUCAAUUGAUUCUCCAAACUGUUUUGUAAUCAUUACCAAAUAAACUGAAUAACAAUAACUAAAAUAUCAUAUCUGUUAUCGUUAUACAGAUUUUACAAUUUUAAACCCAGAAUAAGUCAAAUUUAGUAAAAGAGCAAUCUGUUUUUCAACAAGUAAAUAUUUAGUAGAUUUUUAUUAACAAACAAUAAUUGUAAUUUUAUCAUAGUUAAAAUCUAUGAGAAUUAAUUUGUAUUCUAGAACAAACAAUAUUUCUUUAGUAGAUACAAAUUUCUUUGAUAAAAAUAUUUCUCAAAUUAGUUUGAGAAUAUUAUCAUAACUUACUUAAAGAAACCCUCCUAACUUCAUUACUAUUAAUAAUUAAGAGUUUAAAAUAAGUGAAAAUGAUAAUAUUUAAUGGGUAUAAAAAUUUUAAAUAUUAGGGAAUUCCUCAAUUAUUUAAAAAAUUAAACUCUUAAAGUUUAAUCAAGAUUUUUGUAAGUUGUUUAAUAGAAAAAUCUAUUGUUUUUGUAAGCAAAUCACCAUAGUUAUCAACAGCAGCUUGUUUAUUAUGCUAAAAAUAUUUACUAAAACCAUUUGCUUGGAUACAUCCUAUAAUUAGUAACUUACCUUUAGAAAACAUAGUUUACUUAGGAAGUCCUGUACCAAUAAUUGCAGGCUUAGAAUGCGUAAAUAUGAUUUGUUAAACUUAGAAUUUUUCUACCUUAUAGAGUCAAGGAAUUAUAAAUAAAUUUUAGAAUACUAUUUUUAUAAACUUGGAUAAUAAACAAUAGAUAUAAUUUGGAAACACUGAUGCAAUUCCAUUAUUAUCAGCAGAAUUAAUGACAUUUUUAUUAGGUAGAUUAGAUUCAUACUUCUAAAAAGUAUAAUAAGAUCAUAAUAAUUACAUUUAAUGUUUGUAAAUUUUUAAUUAGUUGUUUCAUGCAAGAGUAAUUAGGAAUGUUCCUAUUGAACCAAUUAGAUAGAAUACAAAUUAAAAUUUUAAAAAAAGUAGUAAAUUAUUACUAGAUUAUGACAAAAUAGCCUAAAAAACAUUAUAAAAUAUGGGAACUAUUAAUGCAGAUAAAGUUAUUUGGAAAUAGUUUUUCCAAACAUAAAUUUUUAUAUAAUUUAUUGAUUAAUAUUAUCAUUGA